GGUACUUUUGCUAUGAACGUCGUUACUUUCAUCUUUAUAUCAUUUGCGUUGAUCCACGUUUGCCAAUCUCAUGGGCUUUUCGGUGACUUCAUUAGAGAAUAUUAUGAAGCUUGCAACAUCCAUCAGAUUGUUAUCUUCGCUUGUUGGGAUUAUUCAGAUGGGGUUGAUCUUUCACGCAAUAUUAUGGGAAUGAAUGCAGUUGUCACUUAUCAUCCUGUCACAAAUACAGCAGAUAUGACGAAUAUUCUACGUGUGAAUUAUUAUCAUGUGGGAGUCGUGUUGGACUUCGAUUGUCCCUUCAGCGAAAAUAUUCUUGAUCAAUUCUCGGCUCAGCUGCACUUCAAUGAAUCUUACUACUGGUUGGUUCUAUCAAAAUUCACAACAAUACCCAUCGAUUAUCUGGGAGGUUUGAGUUUGACAGUAGCCUCAGAACUGACAUUCACAACUUGUGCUGAUGAUGUCUUCAAGCUUUACGAGGUGUACAAUCCGAGUUACCGUCAUGGCACUGCUGUACGGAUUAUUGAUAAAGGCCAAUGGAGGUCUGGAGAAGGUUUCAGAUAUGGAUUGAGUGAAUACAAGUACAAACGUCGAGCUGAUCUUAACAAAUUGUCCCUCAAUAUCUCACUUACGCUAGCCAAUCCAGCUUUACCAGAUCUGUUGACUUAUUUAUCGAGUCAAUCAAAUAGAGAAUUAGAUCCAAUGACCCGAUCUCAAUAUCCACUGACAUUGUAUCUUCAAGACAUGUAUAAUUUCAGCAUAAAUCUUCAUCAAGCAUCAACUUUUGGCUACCUCCACAAUGGAUCCUACAACGGAAUCAUCGGAGACAUUAUCUCAGGCUUCAUCGACAUGAGUAUCACACCUUUUGAGUUUCACGUUGCACGAUUGAAGGUUGUGGAUUACGGGGCAGUGACUUGGUACGCAGAUACCACCUUCGUAUUUCUUCAUCCAAAGAGUUCAACCCUGCGCAACAAUUUCUUGAAGCCCUUCACCAAUGAUUUGUGGUGGAUGAUUCUGCUGGUGGCUGUUGUAUAUUGGAUUAUCUUACUGCUCUCUCUACUUUUGGAGCAGCAUCAUCAAGCUGGAACACAUGAUCCUAGCUUGAGUGCCAUUGAGACCGGUCUAACUACUCUCGCAGCACUAUCCCAACAAGGAUUAGGGGAUAGUCCGAAUUUUUAUUCCGGACGAAUUACAUUCCUCUCACUAUUCUUCUGGGCCCUUCUCCUCUAUCAAUUUUAUUCAGCAAGUAUUGUUAGUUCCUUGAUGACACCUCCGCCACGAUGGAUUAAAGGCAUCAAAGAUCUCACUGAAAGUGAAGUUGAAGUAGGCGCCAGGGACCAUCCAUAUUUUCAUAAUUAUUUCGAGAAAAUGACUGAUCCUGACUGCAUUGAAUUAUACAACCGAAAGAUGAAAUUUCCGUCGAAAAAUCCAAACGGCUUUCUUCCGGUGGAGACGGGCUUCAAAAAAGUACAAGCGGGUGGAUAUGCAUUCAUCACUGAAAGCGCUGUGACGUACCAGAUUUUACAUGAUACGUUUUCGGAGGAUGAGAUCUGCGGACUGCAGGAAAUAAGAGUCGGUAGACCUCGAUGGCUGGCGCCAAUCUUACCCAAAGGUUCACCAUUCAAAAAAAUGAUCGUGUACGGAUUGCGAAAAAUCGUACAGUCUGGAUUAUUGAAUCGCUUACAAAAAAUUUGGCGUGCCUCUCGUCCACAGUGCCCUGAAAAUUACAACAGUAAACCAACUCCGAUGGGCAUGUCAGAAUUUAAUCCCGCACUAAUUCUUUUGUGCAUCGGUAUGUUUUCCACAGAACUGAGAUUCAAUGAGUCUUACUUCUGGCUGUUACUCACUAAUUCCUCAUCGCCACCGGAAAAUCUAUUACGAAAACUGCCACUUACUGUUGAGUCUGAGCUAACGGUUGCGACAUUCAGAGACGAUAAGUUUGAGUUGUGGGAUGCGUACAAUCCGAGUUAUUCCCAUGGAGGUGUUUUGAAUAUCACAUACAAAGGCAGUUGGGAUGUCCAGAAUGGGUUGAAGAACGAAUUGACACAGUACAAAUACGAGAGACGUUGUAAUUUCCAUCUGCUACCACUUAAUUGGUCCACUGUUCUGAGAGAGCGAUCAAACACUGAUCUUCAAACUUAUCUCGAGACACCUGUUAAUCGACACUUGGAUACUAUGUCUCGAUAUCAUUACGCGCUCGUGAUGCAGUUGCGAGACUUGUUUAAUUUUUCAAUAAAUCUCCAAGUCUACCACACCUGGGGCUACUUGAUUAACGGAAGCUUUGGUGGCUUAUUGGGUGCUUUGAUUGAGGGACAGACAGAUGCCAGUGUCUCAUCUUUUCAGUACAAGCCAGAGAGGAUGGAUGUCGUCGAUUACCUCGUUGAAACCAUGAACGUGCAACUUCGUUUCUUCUUCCGUCACCCCAGGAGUAAUGAUCUACAGAAUAAUUUCUUGAAGCCCUUCGCUAUUCAUCUUUGGUGGCUGAUAAUAGCCGUUGGAUUUUUCUACUGGAUAAUCCUGACGGCUCUCAAAAAAUUAGAGAUAAUCUACGAGAAUGUGGAAAUUAAUGAAAAUACUAUCUCUGCUACUGCCUUGACUACAAUCGCUGCAAUCACGCAGCAAGGAUUGAGCACUGCACCGGUGAUAACUUCUGGUCGCGUUGUAUUUUUAUCGCUAUUCCUGUGGACUCUUCUCUUAUUCCAAUUUUACUCAGCAAGUAUUGUUGGCUCUUUAUUGGCACCCCCGUCGAGAUGGAUAACGACUUUGGAUAAUCUCACGGAUAGUAAUAUCGAAUGUAUAAUCGAGGAUAUGCCAUACAUGGUCGAUUACUUUGCGACUACAGCGAAUCCUCAUAGCAAAGCAAUGUUUCAACGGAAGAUCAGACCGACUAAUAAAAAACCAAAGGGUAGUUACAUGCCUGCAGCCGAGGGACUGCAACGUGUCCGUGAAGGUGGAGUUGCAUUCCACAUAAAUGUCGCCACGGGUUACAAAAUGAUCGAGGAUACAUUCAAGGAAAAUGAAAUCUGCGAAUUACAAGAGAUUGACAUGGUUGGUCAGUGUUUAACAUCCAUGGUGACACCGAAGAAAUCACCAUUCAACGAAAUGUUCACAUGGGGGAUAAGAAAGGCCGUGGAGAGUGGUCUGACCAAAAGACUUGAUAAAGUUUGGCAGCAUCAGUGUCCACAAUGUCCAGAGAGCUACAGUUCGAAGCCCACGCCAGUAUCUCUGCAGCAGUUCAGUCCAGCUAUUUUUCUUUUACUUCUAGGAUUCGGUUUAUCUAUUUUAAUAUUGAUAAUCGAAUAUUUGCACUACUGGAAGUGGAGCGAUUACCUUGUCAAUGUUGAGGACAUGAAUUGCAGUGAGAACACAGAUGAUAUCGGAAGACCACCCCACACUGUCGAUGGUUUCCACUUUACCGACGAGGGAGAACAAGUCAUUUACUGACUGCAUAUGGAUAAAUGAGAUCAUCAACGCCAUUUGCUUGGCAAAAGUCAAGGCAUCGAAACUCAAAUAUUCAGGAACUGCCGAUUUUCUUCUGAGAAAAAUUACAGUUGUUUGUGUAUUUAAUAUUCACAAAUCAUUGACAAUCGGUAGAGGCAGAUUUCUGUUUACUCAGUGGCUGCGGAUAUUGAUCCGUUACCUGCAGCAUAAAACAUUGAAUUAUUCAUGAUGUACGAUUUUUUUGUAGAGUGAAGGCUACCUUCGUCAUGAUUUGAAUUAAAGGACUUUGGAAUAUCCAUAUUUGCAAACAGCACGCGCAUUCAAUGAUUAUUUCGAUGGAUGUUGUUUCAACUAUUCAUUUUAAUGAAAAGUUCGAUCAAUGGCAUGUAUUAUAAUUUAAUUAAAAAAAAACAGAAUCAUUUGCACAGAUUAUUCUCCAGACUUGUAUAGUUUGAAUUAUGAAAUUCAUUGGCUAAUCCUAAGUUUAAUGAAGAAGAUUGCAAUAUUCAGGAAUUGCGAAAGUCCUUUAAUAAAUCUUCAGGAAAAACUAAACUCGUGAAUUUUUCAAUCUUCCGUUAUUUUUCAACGUUUAAAGGCACAACUGGGCGAAAGAUGUUUAAAGUUUGAGUAAUGAAA